GACCUGACUCGUGGUCCAAGAGUUAACUUGGUACGGUCUGCCUCGAUAGGCCCGAAACACGGCAUCGUUCGAACAAAACCCGACUCGGUCCGAACCGGCUCCAGGCGGCCUUUUCGAGAGAGCCCAAAAGGGCGGCAGCGGCACCAAUGGAGGACGACGGCGACGACUGGUUGGCCGCCGACAAGCUCGAGCACCUCCUCGCCUGCUUCGCCAUCGCCAUCCUCGUCGCCGCCCUCGCUGGCCGGAGCCGCCACGCCUUCCUCCGUCGGCGGAGCGUCGCCCUCGGCUCCAUCGCGGCCCUUGUCGCCGGGGCUGGCAAGGAGGCCGGGGACGAGAUCGGAUUCUGGCAUUCCGCCGGCGCCUCCUCCAAGGACGCUGCGGCUGACGUCCUGGGCGUGCUUCUGGCCGCCGUCUUCUUCUCCAUCUCCAGGAGGUUCUGGCCCUCCUCCCGACGCGAGAUCGAAGUGGCUGCAGAGGAUUCGAUUGUCUAGAUCCGACCAGACUUCUACAAACCCUAAACAUUUCGACAUAUUUCACAAGAAUAUCUACCUACCUUCUCUCCUCUCCAAGCCAAGAAGCCCUGGUAAAGUUCUUCCGUUAAUAUCAUUAUUGAACGCCUUCUUUCUCUGCUUUAUAUAAUUUCUUCUAAUAUAUAUUUUGAAUUUUCUU